GGGUCGCACCUUCAGCAGAACCCUCAGCCGGCCUCGGCUCUGCUCUCUGCUUUUACAAAUCAAGCACCUAAAAGUCUCCGGAAAUGACGUCCCCGAAUCAGUGCUUAACUCCUCCACAACCGAUCAAGGGAGCAUGAUGCGACAUCACGAGAAGCUCUCACCUCAUUUCUGUCGCUCUACCUCGCCUCCCCUUGGCUCAAUUGGCUUUUAUUUCUUUCGUCGGGCAUCUGCAACCGUGUGAUCGGACGUGGGAAGCGUUAAAGAGAGGAAGGAUGACGACGCCUUUUUCGACCCGCCCCGGAGACGGCCGCGAUGAUAACUCGGCAACAACCUCCUCGCCCACCGUCGCCGAGGACACGCCCCUGCUCCGCUCCGAGACCAGUUCCGUGACCGCUCGGGAUGUCUCCCCCGCGAGCCACGGGCAGCCGGGGCCCCCCGCCCCGGAGCAAUCGCUCGGCUGGAAGCGGACGACGUGCAUCGUGCUCAGCAUGUGGGCGCUGAUUUUCCUGCAGGCCAGCAACAUGAGCGGCAUGUCGACUACUCAAUCAACCAUAGCCGCCGACCUGGAUGCGUACGAGUCGGCCAUGUGGUUCACUAGCUCCUACAUGAUCAGCAUGUCCUCGGUGGCUCCGUUGGCCGGCAGGCUGGCCAUGAUAUUUUCUUCUGCUACCAUGGUCUUGCUGUCCUCGACCUGCUUCGCUGUCGGCGCCAUGGUCACAGCCCUCGCUCCCACUUUUGCCGUCUUCAUCUUAGGCAGGGUCAUGCUCGGUAUCGGCAGCGGCGGCAUCAUGACCCUGUGUAUGAUCCUAGUCAUCCAGCUCACCUCCAAGAAGCGGAGGGGCUUGUGGAUCGGGUUGACCAAUGCUGGAUUCACGAUCGGCGUGUCAGCAGGCGCUGUUGUCUUUGGCGCCUUGUUGCCGGUACUGGGAUGGAGGCUUCUGUUCGGAGCGCAAGCCCCCUUGGCCGCCCUCGCCGGUUUGGGGGUCAGCCUUAGCAUCCCUCAUCUCACCACCGACGAGAACGCAAAGGAUAAGACGACCUUGCAGAAGCUUGCGGGCCUUGAUUACCCCGGCGCUGCAUUCCUGACCAUUACCAUCGUCCUCUUUCUCUACGGCCUCUCCGGCACCAUCCGGCUCCUUCCCAUCGGCCUCUCCCUCAUCACCCUCCCCGCUUUUCUCCUUGUCGAGUCCCGCGCCCGCGACCCGGCCAUCCCCCUGUCCGUACUCAAAUCGCGCGGCGUCUUGCUAUCCUGCUUCUCCCAGCUCGGCUUCAUGGCCGCCCGCUGGACCGUCCUCUUUUACGCCCCCAUCUUUGUCCUUGCCGUGCGCGGCAUGUCUCCCGCCAUAGCGGGCUCGGUUCUGAUCCCGACCAACGCCGGCUUCGGCCUCGGCGGGUUGAUCGUCGGCGCCUUUCACAUCCGCCACGCCGGCUCCUUCUGGUUCCCUUCCCUCCUCUCGCUCGCCCUGUUCUCCGCCGCCCUGCUGGCGCUCGCAUUCCUGAGCAAUGCCUCUGCCCCGGCUGCCGCCUACGUCAUCGCCAUCUUCGCCAACGGUUUGUGCACCGGCGCCGCGCUGAACUACACCCUCGCCCACCUCCUUCACUUGUCCAGUCCCGACGUGCAUUUUAUCGUCACCGGCCUGUUGUCUACUUUCCGUGGCUUUGCGGGCAGCUUUGGCACGACUAUAGGGGGCGGCGUCUUCACGCGGGCACUGCGGCACGCGCUAACCGAGGGGUUCGAGAGACUGGAUGGAGGGGAGGCGCUGGAUAAAGCAAGGGAGAAGUUGAUUAAGGUGCUCAUUGGCAGCCCGGCAAUCGUUUGGAAAGAGGGGGUUCUGACCGCGACCGAGAGGGCCGUUGCUGUGCUGGGAUACGAGCGGGCGCUGGCCAUCCUAUAUCAAUCGACUGCCGCCUUGGGCAUUUUGGUCUUAAUUAUGCAGGCAGGAACUGGUUGGACGGCGCCAGCGGGCCAGAAGGAGGAUGAUGAGGAGUUAGAAGAAGCGGCUAACGAGGGAGAUCGAGCCAUGGAGGCUUGAUCGCUCAUUUCCACCCUUGUCAUGCCUUUUUUUUUUUUUGGUCAUAGGGUGUGCGCCGGUUCAAAAUCAUCAAUAACCCCGAGAGCUCCAACUUGGGGAAACUGUGCUCUACUGGGACUCGAAGACAUGUUCCGUUGAGUUAUUUGGGAAAAGAAAUCGAUUUU